GUAUAUGGCAUAGCCCUUGCUGUCAGUCUAGACGUUCAUUUCAACAUCUACGAACUGGGUUUUCGCCGGGUCAAUGAUACUCAAUACCAAGCGCAUCUUUUUCUUGAGCAAGAUGAUCUUCUGGGAAGCUUCGACCUCAUGGGACACUCGACCCCCAUCUCCUCGAGCCUGCCCCUGCUUCACGGGCACAUGAUUACCCCACCCCCAGUCCUGGCGACUGCCUUUCCUCAACCUGAUCCCGGCCUGUUCCGAUGGCAUUAUCUCCAGUGUGUCAGCAGGAAGUUUGGAGCACGCGAGUACAAGGAACAGAUUCUUAAUAUCGCGUUCUCCGCAAACCCUUUUCGCACCAGGGACGACGACGACGACGACUAUCGCAACGACGACUCGGAUGAUGGACUGAAUUUGUGGCCCACGGCCCUGUUUGAUCUGGGGUGAA